GACAGUUAGAAACGGAGGGUGCUGUGGAGAAGCUCCGGAAUCCAUGGCUUCCCCUCCCUUCCCUCUCUUCCUUCAAAGCGACCAUUCAAUCCUCCGCUCGCCGCCGCCGCAUAUACUCACUUUCAUUGCAUUGCAUUGCAUUGCCCCCACUCCAAUCCCCCACAACAUUCCCCACCACCACCCACGCCAGAUCACAACCGAGCGAUUUCAAUCCAUUCCGUGGCGGUCGCGGCGGCUCUCAGCCCUCUUCCGCGACCUGCCGCUCACCGCUGUAUUAUUCACUACUCAGAAGGCUUUUCUGUACCCCCUCUCCAAUCGAUCGAGCAGUAUUCCUUCAAUUUGAUGGGAGAUCCGCACAACGCAUUUGACCAACCACCAAACCUCGAGGAGACAGAAGAGUUGGAGCGUCUGGAGCACGCGGCGCCAUUCUGGACGGAAACUAAGUCCAGGAAGCGAUUGUCGAAGCAGCUGUCGAUGCACGAGGCUCCUCGGUACCGUGCGUGGGAGAGGAGGCGCCGCCGGAUUCUCGACCAGGAGCGGAAUCCGAAGAACACCCCCGCCGGCGACGAUAACUUGACCGACGACGAUCUGAAGGAGCUCAAAGGAUGCAUAGAGUUGGGAUUCGGAUUCAAGGAGGAGAGCGGACAGCAGCUGUGCCCUACCAUUCCCGCCCUCGACCUCUACUUCGCGGUGAAUCGACAGGUCUGGACCGGCAGCCCACUCAAUAGCCCUUCCAGCAGCAGCGGCGGCGGCAACUCCGCCUGCUCCGUCUGCCGAUCCUCCUCCGCCGGCUCCAAUUCCUCCUCCGGAAGCCCCAUGAGCGACUCCGAAUCAAGUUUGAAGAUCUUCAAUCCAGGCGACGAUCCGCAGCAAGUGAAGACGAGGUUGAGGCAUUGGGCACAAGCAGUGGCCUGUUCUGUGUUGCAGUCUCCUUUGAGGGGCGGGGAGAUGGAUUACGCCGAGAAAGAGAGAUAGAUAAUGCACACAUGCUCUUGUGCUUUGUCGCACGAAGAUAUAUAUAUAUAAAUUACAUAGCGCGAGAGGAGGGGGUGUGGGAGACAGAGUCGAGGAAAGUGAAGAGGGUGGGGAGGUGCGAUGAUAAAAAGGCGAUUGACACAAGAGUCUUAGGAAAUUCAGGUUAAAGAACCGAAAACUUACAGAAACAUAUGUUUCCCUACAGCUCUAGGUAAACCAAAUCUCGAAGGCUAUCUACGUAUGGAUUGAAAGGGCGUCCCUUCUCCCCGAUUUUACAAUGAGUUAAGGAGAGCUAAUUAAUUAUUGGACCAACGGAUAAGAUUUGCCUUUUUCUGCGUUCUUACAUAAGAUCUCGAGGAUGGAUGUUACCAAAAGUCGGGUGAAUAUCUUAAAAUGGUCGGGAGAAUGUCCUACAACCCUACCUAUUAUACAUGUGUAGAUAUAUAUAUAUAUAUAUGUAUGUAUGUAUAUUCGGCCAUUGCUAGAUGAUCGGUUGGCCAUCAACCAUGGACAAGAGAGUUCUUUCGAUGCAUAGCGUUUGGUGAUGAUAGAGGAUUUAUUCGAUUUGGAGAUGUUUCCUCUUUAGUUCUUGUUUUUGGUGGAAACAAUGCCCGGAUUGCCAGUGAUUGUUUGCUCGAAGACAUAAAGAAAGAAAGAAAGAAAUCGGAUACAAGGUACUUCGAAGAUACUUGUAAAAGCUUUUUUGUUUUUUUGGUAUUUGUAUGGUCUCGAGCAAAUAAUUUGAGCAUGCUUUGGUUGCAUAUGUUUGUAGAUAAGAUAAGAUAAUGUAGAUUAUCUGUGUCGUCGUAAUUUUGUAAUUAACUUUGUAGUAACUAAUGUUGGAUUACGCUGCAUAUUACUGUGUGAUUUGUAAAAAUUGUGCAUGUAAGAUAAUAGGAUAUGAUAACCUCGUUACUU